UGCCUGAGCAGCCUACACAGCGCACACAUAUGUAACGGAGUCAACGUAGCGAAGCAGCAGUGGAGUAGAUACUUCAGCUCCGUUCGCGCGUGUGUUUGCGUACGUGUGUGUGUAGUGGUAGUGAUCCGUAUAGAGUUGAGAGAGUACGACGACAGUUUGUGGCAACGAACGCGCGCAAGAGCGAGUGAGAGAAACAGACUCAAUCGGAGGAGAGAGAGAGAGAGAGAGAUUCAAGUGCAUACACACGUAUAAUACGCGCGCCUCCUUUUUUUUACCGUGCUCUCUCUCUGAAAAAAAAAGCUCGGGCCUGUCGAGUGUAGUUGCCGCGUAGUCGACCGACGACGAGGCACAGGCCAGGCGGACUCUGCAGCUGACGUUUCUUGCCAAGUGCACUACGAGACGAGUGCGUGCGUGUGAGAGUGGUGGUGACUGGUGGUGCUUGAUAAGUGACGUUUGGUGCCCCCGCGAGAGAACGAGAAAAGCUAGUUAAAGUUGUUACAUUGUAUUUUUCUGCCUGAAUAACCGAGACCUCUACGACAUCGAAAUGUCGUUAGGAGAGAAGUUCGCCUCGAUAAUGGCCAGACCUGGCCAGGAUCCAGCGGCUAAGGAUGAUUCACCUUGGUGGAUGAAAUACGCUGGACGGUGUCUCGGCACCGUCGGUAGCGUUAUUGCAAUAUUCCUUGGAGCCUGGAACUGUGCUGGAAUUCUUCUAGCUCAAGUCAGUUGUUUCUUAGGAGGACUGUGGCAGAUGGUUGCUGGUUUUCUAGUUAUUAGUGUUGAAGCACCUUGUUGUUGUUUGUUUAUUGACUUUGUUCAACAUGGAAGUGAAUGGGUUGAAAAUAGACCCUACUGGCAACGAGCUGCUGCAUAUUGCCUGUUGGCUCUCCCACCCAUUUUUCUGUGCCCUGGUAUAGGAACAAUCUUUGGAAGUGGACUGAUAUUUGCAACUGGAGUCAUAUAUGGCAUGAUGUCUAUUGGAAAGAAGGCAUCAAGGGAUGAAAUGAGAUCAGCAGUAAUAUCAGAUUCACAAGGAAUUUCUUCAAAUACCAAGUCAAACUUAGUAGAAAAUGCACAGCCAGUUGGAUUGAGCGAUAGACCAGACAGUAAUGUCUGACCAAUUCUAAAAAUCCAAUAAGAGGUUUGGCAGGUUUUUAGAGAAGAAUUGUGGAUUUCAACAUUUUUUACUUUUAAUGGAGAUCUGCAAAACUUAACUGAAGUAUGAACUGUAUUAAAAUACUUAUCUAAUAAGUACUUUUUAUAGAUUUUAUUAUAUUUAAGCUCCUAUGUAGAAAGGAAGUAAUCACAAAUUGAUACAGCUUGAUAAUUCAUACAAAAUUUUGGAAAUUGCUUGAAAUAAUUUAUAUUCUUUAUCAAUUUAUGCAAUUCAGACUGGAGACCACGAAAAUUUUCAAUUGUUUUUACAACUUUUUUAGUAAAUUCUUCCAUUCUGUCUUCUAGAGUAUUUUUUAAUAAUUAAUUUUUUCUGAAAAAAGUGUUUGUUAUCGUAAGUUGCAAUGUGUGAUAAAGUAAUUGGAGGUCUUGUACAAAACUUUUUAAAAAGUGCAAUGUAUUUGAAUGUUAUUUAUAUCUUUAUUCUCAUUUGUUUUUAACAAAAAAUUGUAAAUUAUUAGUUAAAUUUUAAAAAUGUUUUUAGACCUUUUGAGAAAGUAAAAAUGAUUGUUACAAAAUUACAAAUCUUAAAAUAUUAAGUGUCAAAAAAAACUAUACUUGUUGAUCAAAGACUAUCUGAAGAAAAUUCUCAAUGCUAAUGAAAGUUGUAGAUUUCUUCCUAGACAUUCCUAUUAAUGUUAUUAUUAUCAUUUAUGAGUGAAACUAUGGCAAAUGAAAGACUUGAAAAAUUUGUUCAAAUUUAUUGUUGAAAUUGAAAAUCGACGAUGUCCUGGUUACAUAUUGUAAUUGAAUUAGAUGAUAUUAGCAUGUCAUAUUAUAGAUCGCAGAUGUUCUUUUUCAAAGAAGUUUUUCUGAAACGUAAGUAACUGAAUUGAAUAGAAAAUUUUCUGACUUUAAAAGGAAAACUUCUUUUGAUUGAGAUAAUUAGUGUAGAGAUCAUACUUCCUAUUAUGUGAGACAUUCCAUACAUCAAAGUCUCAUAAUGAUAUGUUGAAUGAUUGAAAACAUUUCAAUAGUCAGUUGGAAUGUGGCCUCCACGUAUACUUUUAAGUUUAAGCUUAAUAAAUAAUGAAUGAUAACAUAGCAUUAAAUAUAAAGAAAGACUUUUCAUGUUUUAAUGUACUAAGAGAGACAAGUGAAUGCAUGAUCGAAUAUUGAUUAAUUAUUAAUAAAAAAGUUAGUCAUUAUGUAAUAUUGUAUAUUUCAUUUCAAUUGUACACACAAAGAACUUUUUUUGAUGAUAACGCUACAUUUAAUUUACUUAACACUUUAUAUGUUUGUUAUAAAAUGAUUUUACGUUUCUCUGUGACUUGAACUCAAGGAAACUAAAAAUACCAAAAUUGUUUUUAGAAGAAAGUUGAGUAAUUGUACAGGGAAAUCAUAUCAAGUUGUAUAUUAAUUGUUCAGUUACGAAUUUCAUCAAUUUAUUUUAUAUUCAUAAUUUUUCAACGACUUUAGCGAUAAAAAAUAAACAGCAAUAGCAUAGGUAUUUUAAGUUUCUUAUAGUGUUAUAGUUGUAUAUCACAUAACGAGAACUGUGUAUAAGAUAAUUACGGAGUCAAGUGUCGUAAGUAGCACAGCUAGAAAACAUUUUGUGUGUUUUGAAAAAAAGCCACUGAAAACAAUUGUAGCCAAGAAUUUAGAUGAUCAAGCGACUCCACGUGCGUGAGCUUUAAUUAUAUCCUAACAAUUGAUAACACAGAUUGAUAAUGACUUACAAAUAUCAAAGGUCGAUUUUUAGACUGUAUAAAUGAUGAUAUCACGCGCGCAAAAUAAAAAAUAUAGCUCAAAUGGAAAUGCGCAGUCAAAGAUGAAAUUUAUACGGAUUGUGAAAAAUCUUUAACAUCUUGAAUCAUCAAAUUCCAUAUAUUUUUAGUAAAGUCCGAGAACAUCUUGACUGAUUUUUACGUCAACUACAAUCACUGAAAUAUAUCAAAAGGAAUUAAUUUGUUAUGACGUUAUAAGUCGUUAUUGAAUAAUCAUCUUAUUAAUAUGUUACAAACGACAUUAUCACAUAUGAAUAUCAUCACAACAUGUUAUAGUAAAUGUAAUUGCUGGUAUUUAAUCGGAUUCUUUGAACUUUGAAAGUUCAUUGUGUAUGUAUGUAAUAAUAUUGUCAAUAUACCUAUACAUCUGAA